AAGAUGGAAGAUAAGAUUGAAAAUACUUCGAAAAAUAAACAUUCAAAGAAACUUCUUCUUUUGAAGAAUACUAAGAACCAAUGAAAAUUUCUAUUAAUUAUGCAGGAAAGUGCUGGGAAGAAUUUAUUUCACAAUAAAAGGAGAGUUGGAAUUCUAGGAUAUGGCAAUUUAGGAAGAUUCCUAGCUAAAAAAAUUAGUGAAAGCAGUAACUUUGAAAUAGCUUUCAUAUGGAACAGAACGAAAGCUGCCCUGAAAGAAAGUGUGGAUUCCUAUCUUAUAUUAGAGAGCAUUGAUGAUUUUCAGAGUAGAACACCUGAUAUAGUUGUAGAAGUGGCUCACCCAUCUGUAACUAAAAAUUAUGGAAACCGUAUUUUGCAAUACUGUGAUUAUAUGAUUGGCUCACCAACUGCAUUGAGUGACGAAUACCUUCUAGAAGAAUUAAAAACAGCUGCUAAAGUAAAUGGCUUGUAUGUACCAAGUGGAGCUUUGUGGGGUGGUGAAGAUAUUAGAAAGAUGUCCGAUUUUGGAAUACUUCAAUCUCUUACUAUCACUAUGAAAAAACAUCCUAAAAGUUUGAAAUUAGAAGGAUAUUUGAAGGAUAAAAAUUCUGAAGUUAAGGAUGAAGCUGUUGUUUUAUAUCGAGGUUCUGUUCAGGAUAUUUGUGCAUUUGCUCCACAUAAUACAAAUACUAUGGCAGCAGCUGCCAUAGCUGCUCCAAAUUUGGGAUUCAAAGGUGUUGAAUGUUGCUUAGUGUCUGACCCCAAUUUGAUGGAUUAUCAUAUAGUUGAAAUCGAAGGUUACGGUGUCCCUCAAGCAGACGGAUCGCGCUUUCAUGUUCACACAGUUAGAAGAAAUCCUGCCAAAAUCGGCGAAGUGACAGGAUUUGCUACGGCGGGUGCAUUUUUUGGUAGCUUGAAAAAUGCCGUAGCUAAAGGACCAGGAAUACAUUUGUGUUAAAAAACAUAAUUUGGAGAUUUUUAAAGCUUACAUUGUAGAAAAACUAUUAAACAUAUUGUAAGAUUUUUGAUUAAACAAUUAUUUUGUGAAUAAAAUUAAUAUUUUCUGUGUUUUAAAAUUA